AUGCACGCGGCGCUUUGGGACGAAGUCCAGGUCUCCUGUGACCCCGUUCGCCUCGCAAAGGCACUAAAGGAUGGAAAAACAGACGUUUCUGUAGUCAUGGACGGAUGGACGCCGCUUCAUUUCUUGAGCGAGAACUGCAUUGUGGACCCCAAGUCACGUGCCGAAGGGUUGCGGCUGCUGAGCCAAGCGGGCUUCAGUUCGACCGCAGUGGACGAGAACGGGUGGACCGCUCUUCAUCUGUUGUGCAAGAAUAAGAGCAGAGAUCUGACCCCGAGCAUCCAGCAGCUAGUCGAAGCCAAAACGAACGUAAAUCUUCAGACGACGGACAGCCGAAAGUCGGCGCUGCAUCUUCUCUGUGAGAAUGAAGUAGUGUCAGACGAGGCGCUAAAGACUUUACUGAAGUCGAAACCAGAAGUAAACUCUGUGGAUGAGGACGGCAAUGCACCGCUACAUUACCUAGCGGAGAACUGCUGUCUGUCGAACUAUAUGUUGAGUGUCUUGCUGGCGGCCGGGGCAGACCUGAAUAUCCAGAACAAUUUUCACGCCACUCCAGCUCAUUACAUUUGCCAAAACAGUCGAGUAACACAGCUCAUGAUCGCCGAGUUAUUGAAGCACAAGGCUGAUUUCAACAUCAAGAACAAUAUCGGAAAUACACCUGUUCAUUAUCUGUGUGAAAAUGACUCAGUAACGGUAGAUUUGCUCCGAGAACUUAUGAACGACGAACAUGUCAACGUCACGAUCCCCAACUCGCUCGGAAAACUUGCCAGUGAUCAUCUUUCAUCACAAAAGAAAGACUGCCUAGCGUUUCUGCAGAAGUUCGCGGCACCCAACUUGGCCCAAGCGGGAGGCAGCUCCAGCACGUUUGCUGAGAUUGGCGGCGAAGAUCCUAGCGAACUGCCGGACCGUUUAAAGCGAGCACUCACAGCUUGGAACGCGUCACUCCCGCCAUUUGACGCCGCCUUCUAUAGUGCUGUUUCGUGCGAAGCUGCAUUUGAACGCACGUACGACGAAGUUCAAGAGAUAUCGGGGCAAGCGUGCGAAGCUCCUGAUGACGCGACGAUCUUUGCCGCUUGGGAGAAGAGUCUGUCGAAGUGGCGAGCAUGUAUCUUGUUGGCUUAUGCGGCUCUUGUGCCACCAAACGUUUGGCACCAAUACGCUGAUCAAUACCAGCGCCCUGUGCCAACUGAUCUCUCGAGAGUGCUGGGCAAAGUGGAGGCAGCAUGGAAGCAAUUUCCGGAACCGACCCAGCGUCGCGGCCGUUUUCAAGCUCUAGCUAGUGUGUUUACGCACUAG